AUGGGCCGAAAACUUCAGAGGCGUCCUCAACCGCCCCCCACCACCACCGACGCCGCCAUCAUCCGUCUGCCGCAAGUGGAGACCAACGCUGACCUCGACCUACCGAUCUCUCUCCUUGAAGCCAUCAGGACCGUGCGACAGAUCUCCAGCGGGAAAGCCUCGGAUCUGACGCGAUCCCUGCUGAGGUCUACAAAUACGGUGCCCCCUAACUCAUGGAUCAUCUGA